CUUCAGUCUGAUCUCUUUGAGGAUCAACAUCUGACCAGACUAAAGUUUCUCUUUGUUUCUUUUAGUUUAUUUUCACAUGAUUUCCAAUUUGAAGACACAAAUGUCAUGGCACGAGGAUUUCACGCGAAACUUUUCCCGAUUCUUUUCAAGAAGUAAAUCUGCGCUGCUGGACAGAAACAAGAGUGAGGAGGAUGACGCAUCCAUGGUCACCAGCAGCUCUCACACACCUGCACAGGAGUUGCAGUUCUCUGACUUACUGGAUAGAAGCAGCGAAUCACACGAGCAGGACGUCACGUGGGGGGGUGCAGGAGGGUCGGCGCUCGAACUCCCCCCCCUCUGCACUCCUGUCCCGCAGCCCGGCCUGACGGCGCCCCCUGCAGACGGCUUCUUCCGGCGCCUGGGCAGCCUGUUCUUUUUCAGUCAGGCAGAAGCAGUCGAGGUCCAAAUAGACAGACAGACGGGCACAGACAUCAGACGUCCGAUCACGAGAGACUCUCAAACCGACGCAGAGGCGCAGAAGACUGGAGGAAGUGUGGAAGUGUCUGUGUGUCAUUCAGAGGUUACACACACACAAAGUGAGGAACAAAGUGAAGAUAAUUGCAAUGCCGUAGACAUCAACUCCACCAAAAAGCUUCUGGAGGAGAAAAGACAUUACGAUCUAGCCUGUCCUCCCGUGGUGACAUAUGGUACGUACCGUGGACUGAGGGAGGUCAGGAGACAAAAGAAAAAGCGUCGCAUGGAGCUCCAUUCACCCGUUUCUGAGGGAGAGGAGGGUACACAUCCAGAUAGCCAUGAGCACACCCACGUCUCUUCCACAUCAAAUACAAUGAGCUAUGGUAGUCAGGAGAAUCCGACCUCUGUAAAUCCACGUAUAUGUCACACAUCUCGGAUAGAAAGUGAUUUGACCCUGAGUGGCACAGACACAGAGACUAGAGAUGGGGAUCCAGCCAUCAUACUCCCUCAUAUUGCUGAUAGAAACUCUGAUCAGUCAGUUAUUUGCAUAGGACACUCAUUUCACAGAAUACACAAAUUAGAACCAUAUCCACUCAAUUUACAAUCUGACAGUGGACAGAAGCAGAUCGGAACACUAAAGACGCUGUCUGUGGAUCCUCAAAUGAGCCGCAGACGAGUACAGGGAGAGUUAGAAGAGAAACUGGCCCAAGUGGAUUCUGGGAAGGAUGAGCAGGUCCUUCGAUUGGAGUCUGUAAACAUGGUUGACAACAUUCUGGUAAAUGCUUUUGUUGCUUUGGAAAGAAUGGAAGUACCUGACCAUGGGAGUGACAUUCUGGCAACCGGUGAACUUCCAGAAGAUUCAGAGCCAGUUGUGUUUGAAGGGGCAGCGGUUGGCAGUAAUGCGGAGCAGCAGUUUAGCAUGAUACUGUCGGAUCAGAUGCCGUCUUUAGGUCUGGAGGAAGCCCAAGCAGCGGGCCGCAGCCACGCGGAGGGAUGCAGGUCCACGCCUUCCUCAGGGUACGAGUCCAUUGCCGGCUCUGACACUGACAUCAGAUUUUGUGUGGCCUCUGAUAUCACCGCUACCAAUGUUCCAAUCAGCUCUGAGCAUAAGGAGCAUGAUGCAAAUCAGGCAUUACUUGAACAUUUUGUGGAAGAAAGAGAAAUGAACCGAAUCGGUGCCUGUAAGAGCAGUGCUGCUGAUGAGAUGUUAUCAGUGAACCUGCACAUUCUUCCAAAAACAAACAGCAGGUCCGAGCAGCCUCCGGGGAACAUCUCUGUACCUAAAACGGAACAAGAUGGAGGGAGAAACAAAUCUCAGGAUACAGCCAAAGACUAUACAAUGGGCAAUAACUGUAGACGCAGCCUGAAUAGUGACUCAUGUUAUGUUUGUACAAUCGAUACUGUUAGCUCAGUAAAUCGUGAGAGUCAAAGCAGGUCCGAAGCCUUUAACCAUAGCCUCCCACCUGAUAAAGAGGAUUCUGAUAAGAAAGACACACCAAAGAUAUCAGAAAUUUUAGGUCUGUUCCCAUCUACACAAAGCCAUAAAUCAGUGGAACGCAAAGCACCUCAGUCGGGAAUCUCUGUAGAUGAGUCUGUAGUCCAAUCAGCAGAUGAGCACGCGUGCUCAGAAGGGCACGACUCCUCUCAGUGGACUUCCAUCGAAGCGUUUCGCUGUAAUGUCACGGAUGAUCAGAGCCCUGGGACACUCGAGGAUGAUUUGGAAUCGGAGCUCAGCUUGGACACUCCAGCAGAGGGUACAACAUCGGCUGCCUCUUCGACAUGUAGAAAGAUUCAGUUUGACUUCCCAGGCCAUUCCAGUAGCUGCUCGGCUUCCGUUCCCCAGCAUUCCCGACUUCUUGAGCUAGACCUCGUCCGUGUGGACGGAGGCUUUGCCAUCAUCAGCGAGGAGGAGGAGAUGGACGGCGUGUUUGUGAAUGACACAGGGCCCAUGCACAGUCCUAGCUCACGUAGAGCCAAAAUGUACCCCUUCUCCCUGUCUCCCAUCUAUGAGGAGGAGUCUGUGCGUGAGGAGGCGUCAGGGAACGAAAUGCUACAGGUUCCCCCUGCAAUUGAAGAGGAGCAGAGAAGUGUUGAGCAGCCGGCAUUGUCCGUUCUUUCCCUUCUGCAGUCUGUCAGUGAGAAGCUGCAGUCCAGCAUUCAAAGUGCUUCAGAUGAGCUUCAUACAGUGUGUUUGGGAUCCGUCCCCAGACCCCUGUGGGACCGCUACAGUGAAGACUGUGAGGAAGAGGAUGAAGAUAUCUCCAGUUUCUUACAGCACCAGCAGGUCACUGAGACCAAAACUGUCAAUGAGCCAAACACCGGGGAUGAGUUCUGCUCACAUAUUGAUCGGACUGCCAGUGAGGCUCAAGAUAGACUACAGGAAUGUGAUGGCAUGGCCGGCAAUGUUGGAAAGAGUGCCACCACACCGUUCUAUCAGUAUUUGACAUCCAGUGUAAUGCCAUCAGCUGAGAGGGAACUUAAAGCGGCUAAACACUGCAGUGCUGGAUGUCAAAGUGAAAGUAACACCACCGUGAGGGGAGAGCUUGGUGGGUUUGGAAAGUUCAGUCCUAGACCCUCUAUAAUAUUAUUCAUCUAUGAGGGUAAGACGCUUAGCGGUGAGAGAAGAGCCAUUUUUGAUGAUGUGGAGGAUGCAGAGAAGGUCCUGGUUUCUCAUGGAGCUACGGUCCAUGCAGUAAAAGGAUGUUGGCUGCUGUACGUGGAUUCGUGGUUCUGUGGACCGUGUGUUCUCUUGGAAGAGGGUCAGACUGUGAAGAUCAGUGAAGAAACUCAACAGCUCAAAGAACCGUUCUUUGAAACUCAACAGCUUCAAAGAACUGAAAUGAAAUCCGUGGGCUCUAUCAGAACACUGCUGAAGGAUGACAGUGUUCCAGAGGCGCAUCUACAUGUCAACAUGUCUCAGAUGAGCGAUACGCUCCGUCUGUUUACUGCAACAGAUCUGACGGAGCAGCAUGGCACUGUGUUACUGUCCGACCUCUGCGUCAAAACUGGAUGCUGGUUGGUUUAUGACAAGCCUGGAUUCAGCGGUAAUUCUGCUGUUUUGGAAGCAGAAGGAAGGGUUACAUCCAUUUUCCAGAAUUCCCCUGUUCCGCGUGUGAAGAGUCUUCGACCGUUAAUAAGGGGUGGACUGAAGGUGAUGAGACCUCUCGACCCAAAGGUGAUAUUGUAUGAGAAGCAGCAGUUCCAGGGACAGUAUAAGGAACUGUUGGAUCACACAGGCAGUCUGGUGAGCACAGAUGGACCGCUCAGCAUCUCUUCAAUACGUGUUCUGGGUGGAACAUGGGUGUGUUUCUCCGAAGAGGGGUUCAGAGGUCAUCAGUGUGUUCUGGAAGAAGGUCAAUACAGCAACUGUACACAACUUUUCAGCCAUACUGAGUACACGAUUAAAUCACUGCGCUACAUUCAGAGUGAUUUCUGGGAGCCUUCGGUUUGUCUCAAGAGGUCAGAUGAAGAAAUCAAUGUGAUGCAUGCAGACGUUCCCGAUCUGCGGCUGAACGGUCCGUCUGAUGAAGCGGGCAGCAUCCACGUGAUGAGAGGAGCGUGGGUGGCGUACAGCGAGCGGGGUUUCACGGGAGAUCAGUAUGUUCUAGAGAAAGGACGGUAUCCUGGGGCUCUCGAGUGGGGCAGCGGGGGGAAACCGCCGUGCUCCCUGAGGCCGAUUCGCAGGGAGAUUUGCGGGAUUGUGGAACCGACGUUUUUGCUACAUGCCUACACCCAGACGCAUUAUGCUGGUGAGUCCAGAGAGUUUGUGGGUGAAGCUCUAGACUGCGGCAUUCCGGGCCUCGUAUCGUUCCGGGUGAACAGAGGAAGUUGGCUGCUCUUCGAUGAGGAGGGUUGCUCUGGUAACCAGUAUAUUUUGGGGGAGGGGCUUUACCCCGACCUCACUUCCUGUGGUUGUGAAUCAACAGCCAUCAGGUCCCUAAAGCCCAUUCCAUACAGUUUCACAGAUCUGUCCAUUAGUUUGUUCUCUCUCAGCGGCUUUGAGGGACUGGAGGAAACUUUAUUCUCUGACAUGGAAAACAUGAGCAUGUUUUUCAGCCAGUCUCUAAGAGUCAACAGCGGCCUGUGGGUGGCUUAUGAAUACAGUCAGUUUAACGGCCGUCAGAUGCUUCUGGAACCUGGAGAAUAUUCAGACUGGAAAGAACACAGUGGCUGGGACACGAUUGGAUCAUUGAAGCCUCUCAGACAGCCUAAAGUGCACAUUCAGGUACGGAAUCGAGCACUGGGCUCUGUCGUGACCACAGAGAACAUAUUGGAGAGUUCCUUUCCAGCAAAAGCCUUUCUGAGUCCCGCUGAUGGCUUACUGAACACACAACGUUGGAUCUUCGCUGAUGGUCUUCUGAAAAACAUGAUGCGAGGGGGCUGUCUCUCUGUGAUUGGAGCAAAGGCCUGCGUGGGGGCCAGAGUGGCAUUAUGGGAAGAACAUGGACGCAUGAAUCAAAGGUGGAGUCUUAAUGAAGAUGGAAGAAUCUCAUCUCAUUUAAAUCGUAGCCUGGUGCUAGACCUCAAAGGUGGAAAUGACAGAGAUCAUCUAAUUUUGAGUCAGCUUUGUGUCAACAAGAGCACCCAAAUGUGGGACAUGAACGUGCUGUGAUGCUGAAGCUAUCACACAUCCAGGCAACAUCAUAUCAAAGAGUCAAGCUUGGCUUCAAAACAGUAAUCCACUUUUUUUAGCUAUUCACCCCAAGCAGCAAUAAUUGAUGUGGAGCUGGUCUUGGCAAAUGCACAGGCCUGUUUUAAAAUUCACUGUUAAUAAGAGGGAACUGCAGCAAAAUCUCUCUUUUUUAUGUGAAGCACAUUUGCACUAUAAGAACCCUGCAAGCUGGAGCUGCAUUCUGUAUAAAAGAUGCGACAUCAUGCUGGAUUUUCCUGCAGUUGCAAAUAUUUCAUCUGACAAACAAAACUAGUCACUUCACUGGAGUUGUUCAGGUAUGAGAGGACUAAGAGCAAUGUUUAACCUUAACCAUCUGUUCAUGUGUACCGAGAUGUCGUGGUGAUUGUUUCUAAGCAGCAUUUUUAAUUCUAAAUGAAGCCUAAAAAUG